UAAUAGGACAUAUAUAUAUAUCUAUCCCAUCCAUUUCGCAACUCUGUACUUUCUCUCUCUACAAUUCUCUCUCCUAAAUUUCUCUCUCGCGAUUUCUCCCUCUGAAACCAAAUCCGACUCUCCAUUUCCGACCGGAAACGCUUUGAAUUGACAAGCUUCCUUGUCUCCAUCUGUCGAUCCGUUAGAGCUAUUACAAGUACAAGUUGAGCCAUGUCUCCUGCAUCUAGAUCUAAAUCCAAAGACAAAAAGCCUGGCAAGGAACCUCCAAAGGUUUCUUCAAAGCCUCCAGGACAUGUGAGCACCAGCGGCGGGAUCCCAUCAAGUGGUUACAAUCCUCUAUUGGGAACUUUCCAUACAUUUGAGGCUCCACCAGUGCCUUCUACCAGUCCACUUCAUGUUAAUAGCCGUUUUCGUAAUAUAGACGAUACGGAUGAUCAGAACGGGAAUACAUCUGUAACUGGCGUUGAGUAUGACUCUGUUUCCAAUAAUGGCAGCUGGUCUGGUGAGUCAGAAGACCAUAAAGACAAAGCAUCUCGGCCCACAUCAAGGCAGGACUCAGUACCUGGAGCUGAUAAUGACAAAAGAGAAAAAAUACGCCAGAAAAAUGAGAGGAAACAUCAGCGGCAAAAGGAGAGACGAGCUCAAGAACUACAUGAGCGCUGCAGUGGCUAUCUCAUGUCGAGAAAGCUCGAAGCACUUGCUCAACAGCUUGUUUCCAUGGGUUUCUCUCAAGAACGGGCUACAAUGGCUCUCAUACUAAAUGAAGGUAAAGUAGAGGAAUCAGUAGCGUGGCUUUUUGAAGGAGGUGAAGAAGACAAGCGUAUGGAACAUAAUCUUGAUAGUGGGGGGAAUUUGAAAAUUGACUUAUCAGAAGAGCUUGCACGAAUUACUGACAUGGAGUUAAGGUUUAAGGCCUCGAAGCAGGAGGUGGAAAGGGCUAUUGUUACUUUUGAGGGUGACCUUGAGAAGGCUGAAGAAAUGUUGAAAACGCAGAAACAAGAGCUUCCUGCUAUCCCUUCCAAGCCUGAAGAAACUGAUGAUCCUCCAACUAUAGGCAAUGGCAAGCUAGCUAUUGCAAUGAGUCACAAUGCAAUGAGAGUACAAGCCAAACCGACUUCAUCUUCUAUCAUACUACAAAAAAGGGAUGAAAAAGAUUUCAACUAUACCAAAGUUCCAGUGACAGUAGGGGCUCCCAUGGAUCCUGGGAUGAAAAGUAUGCAGGUGUUGAAGAAGAUUCCACCUAAAAUAGAUUGGACCAAGCCACAGCAGAUUGCUGGACCUGCAGAUAAAAGGUGGCCUGGUUCAGGACCCAAUCCUUCAGUCUCUUGUUCGCUAGCGUCGCCUUUGCAGGCGUCGACACCUCCAGCCAAGAUGGAAGCACGUUCUCUUGCUGUGGGAAAUGGAUUGAAGAAUUUGCAGCUUGGGUCUGUGAGAGAACCGGUCAUUGUUAUGCAGCGGCCCCAAUCUGUCAACUCAAAGCAGGCUCCUCCCACCUCAAGUAUCAGCUCAUCUCCUCCCGGGACAGCUAUGGGUUGGUAUCCUAACAAUGUUGACGUGGGGAAGCCCAAUGGGUUGAUACCACCUAGAAGCAUAAGUCCUGGUGGUGUUGGAUCAAAUCUAAUGUACAACCCAGUGCAUUAUCAGUCACAGACGCAGUUUAGCUCGAUGGAUUCCCAGGGGAGCACGAGAGGAAAUGGUUCGUGGAAUAAAGGAGGUGCAUCACCAACACUUUCGGCUGCUUCAUCCCUUGGACUGUUCUCAGGGCUGGGUGCUAGUGGCUCAUCGGGGUCUUCGUCUCCGGUGGACUGGAGCACAGGAAGCUCGAUGUUACAAUGUGAUUAUACCAACAUAGAUUGGAGUCUAGAUCCUGGGCCCCGGCUGAAUGGGUUGUGGAAUGGUACAAAUUACUCCUUGCAGAACAAUACACAGCACACAUUGGAUACAUAUGGUUAUGGAAUGGGCGUCAAGUCUGCGAUCAGACCGGUUGUAUCUGGUGGGAACGGGGCAUCAUCAAUUCAGGAGGCGACUGAACCGAAUGCGGCUGGUAGUGGUGGUUCUUGGGAGUGGACUUCUCCCUUUGAAGAGAGAGAUCUUUUCAGUUUGCCCAGACAGUUUGUUUCAUCCCCUACGCUAUAAACAUGUGUGGGGGAGGACAACUAAAGAAUAAAAAAACAAAGACAAGGAAUGAAUAUGCUUCUCUUACUGUGUAUUGCCAAAUCUUACAGGAAAAAGAAGAGGCAUCUAAAUUCAAAUUCUUUUAAUGUCAUUCUCUGUUUCUUUUA